GUUUUCUCAUCGCAAUAUGGCUGCGUCCAGGCUAGAAAUCAAUUUCAUCAGGUUAUUAUCGCGCUGUGAAGCUAUUGCUUCCGAAAAAAGAGGAGAGACGGAAUGGAGGCUGGAGAAGUAUGUUGGUGCCUUGGAGGACAUGCUGGUGGCGUUGAGAAAGAGUCCAGGUAAACCUACUGCUGAGAUCCUGACAGACUAUACACGUAAAGUUGACUUCCUCAAAGGUCUUAUAGAGGCUGAGAAGCUGCCGUCACCUUCAGAGAAAGCUUUAGCUAACCAGCUCCUGGCGCCAGGUCGCACGCCCACCAUCUCCAGCGAGAGGAUGUCGGCCACCAAGACAGUACACAUGCAAAGUAAAGCACGCUGCACAGGGGAGAUGCGCUCUGAGCUCUUUGGCACUGCUGCUUCAAGUGCAGGUUCUGAGACAGAGCUGAGACAUAGGAGCCGCAGUGUCCCAGCAGACGAGUGUGAGAGUGCGGCUGAGCUGGACGCCGUACUGCAGCACCACCACAGUCUGCAGGAGAAACUGGCUGAGGACAUGCUGAGCCUCGCACGGAACCUGAAGAACAACACACUCGCUGCGCAGAACAUCAUCAAACAGGACAAUCAGACUCUGAGUCAGUCCAUGCGGCAGGCAGAUAUGAACUUCGAGAAGCUGAAGACUGAAUCGGAGCGACUGGAGCAGCAUGCGAAGAAAUCCGUCAACUGGCUGCUCUGGCUGAUGCUCAUAUUAGUCUCUUUCACCUUCAUCAGUAUGAUCCUGUUCAUACGCAUCUUCCCAAGACUGAGGUGAUGCGGCCUGACUCCAACAGAGGGUUAAACACACACAUAUGUUUUGUGGGCCUGUGUUUUGCUUAUGCAAACCCCACUGAAGGCCUGGGAGUGACUUGUAAGGAUCCUGCGCUGUUUGCAACAGCAAAUAUGGCCAGUGUUCCUGCAUUAACACUAAUCCCAGUUCUUUAUAUCUGCUUCAUUAACUCAUGUAUAAUCUAUAAAAAUCUUCAUAAUCCUCCUUAGCUGCAGUCUUCCAGUCUAGAAGCCAUUGAGGGAUCGACACACGAGUGCUGACAUUCUCGGGAAUAAAGAUUUUAGUGUGUUUGUCGAUUGUAGAUUACCAGGUCUGUCUUUGUUGGGACAGAUGGACAUGGACAUGUAUUUGGGCAAUGAGCAGACAGACCUCACUGACUCCAUCACCUCCAAAUUCCCUUAGCUCUGUGAUAUGGCACCUGCACAGGCAUCCCAGUGUUAAAUUAAUAAAAAGAAAAUGGACCCUGAACCUUUGUUAAUGUCUAUUACAGAAGUGUGUGCAGGACUUUUUUUGUUUUCUUUCCAAAACAAUUUUAUUUUUGCAUCUAUUCUUGACCAUUUCUAGCAAAAGGUUCUGUUUCCCAAAAUGGAAACAAUCUAGUCGGUUUAUAUAAACCACUACACACCUGACUGGGACAAAGCACUUCCUCCAGAUGUGUUAAAUGUGUCAGCUGUUUAAAGAAGUACCAGGAGCUUCAUGUUUGAUUGUAUAGAACUAACCCUGCCUUCACAGUACCAAGCAACAGAAAUACACAACACAGAGUCUAGAUUUCAGCAACAUGUUAAUCAGUUUACUCAGUUCUCUGCACGGUAGGAACGAUAUUGUACACUGACAAAAAUCCAAACAGUUACCUUGAAGGAUUCCUCAGAGCAGGUGGACCCACAUUUCUUCAGUUCCCAUCUCACAACCUCACUGGCUAUUUACAAUUAAUCCUCACAAAUGCCAUAAGUAAUGCAUAUAACCAUGGUUUCAUCUAAUCCUGUCAUAUACAAUCUCUGAUUAAAUACAUAUAGAGACGUUACAAAGAAAAAUAAAGCUUGGAAGGAAGUAGCAGAGAUUGUUGGAGCGUCUGGUGUAAGGCUUCGCUAAUCUAAUCAGAGAAUUAUGAGAGUACAAGGCCGAGGACGUAACAUGAAAGAAGAACUCAUAAUGCGUCGUUUCAUUUGUAUUCAUUUGUUGCUGUAGAAGGUAGAAGUAGUUACUUCCAUUUAUUAACUUAUUUAUUUAAAAAAAUGCUAGAUAGGCCACAGCCAUUAAAAGUAAAUUCAUCAAAUUGUUGCAUGCUAGUUCUGUUCAUACAGCCUUUUUACUGGGUCCUGCAGGAUUUCAGUCCAGAUGCACAGCUCAGUUGCAGUGACUCAAAUCUGAAUGCAUCUCAUUCACUGACUCAUGAAGAACAGCAAAGAUUAAAAACAAGAGUCGUUAAAGAUGGGUUUAUGUUUUUAAAUCCAUCAAUAAGUUUAUCUGGACUUGAGUAUUGUCUUCAUGGAUGAUCUGCUUUUAAUAAUUUUAAUAAUUUGCUCGUUAGUGUGGCUCCUUUAGGUUUAAACUGACUUGCUGUGAAAGCACUGUGUCCUAAUCUAAAGGUCAGCUCUGGGCUUUGAGGUCCAGCAGGCUUGUUGGUACUCGCCUGAGCCUCAGAGCCGCAUUCUGAGGCGCAGCAGGAAGCUCUUCUGAUUUCUGAUCCUCUUUCAUACACUUGACUUUGUGAAGCUCAACAAAACUUUCUGAAAGAGAAACAUGCCUGAUUUGUGCAGUUUCUCGAAUAAAGGAAAAAAUCUGAUCCGGCAUUGAGCCUGAAGCUGCAUGCAGCCGUCCUGAGGAAAAUGCAUCAAAGUCAGGGGUCUUUAUUUUUUUUUCAAACUCAAAUCCAUAAUCACCUAGCAUUUUCUUUCCAAGAAAUUGAACUGCAAAUUAGAAAAAGAAUAACAUAUUAAAGCAUACAUCUGCAAUAGCAUUUCCCUCAUGCAUAAUGGAAACCACCAUUCAAAUUCAGCUCAAGUAAAAAAAAAAAGUUUCCUUCGUCAAGUCCCGCCCACAGCGUUUGACUGACAGCUCUCUACCUUGUUGACAGGAAACGCAAAUGAGAUUAUGUAAAGGCGAGAGAUUGCAACAUUCACAGGAAGGAUUGCAAUUACAUUUUCAGCAUUGCAAAAUCACACCGGUUAAGACCUGUGACAUAAAAUGUGCAGAAAAGUGAAAUGCAAAUAUUCUGCAGCUGAAUUUGAAUUCUUUCUCAAAUACUGCGCUAAAGGAAAUCCAGUUGCAAAUGCAUGUUCCAUUUCAGAAACGCUGCAGUAUUCAGUAUCUGUGUGUGUAAAAACGGCUUAAAAAGUUUGAUUUGAAUUGGAUAAAUGAA